GAGGAAGGAAAGGAAGAAAGAGAAGUAACUAGCCCAAAUGUGCCUCGCUCUGCUGCCGGGGCGCGGGGGCUUGGCUGGAAGGAUCUAGUUUCUCUUCGGCGGCAGGAAAAGGAGCCAGAGGAGGAGGCAGAGACGGACACCCAGACAUGCCCGUCCCGUCAGGCUGCUGGCUCCUUCUCCUUUGCCUGGCUGCCGCUGGCAAACAGUUGUCACUACAAAUCACUCCGCCGUGUGAAAGCGAACAACACUAUGAAUACUCUGGACGGUGCUGCACAAAGUGUGAGCCAGGAAAGUAUAUGUCUGCUAGAUGCACUGGUACUUCUGAUAGCGUGUGCCAGCCGUGUGGCCCAAAUGAGUAUAUGGAUGUCUGGAAUGAAGAAGAUAAAUGCUUACUACAUAAAAUAUGUGAUCAAGGGAAAGCUUUGAGAGAAGUGAACCCAGGGAACAGCACGUUCCAGCGGCAGUGUGCUUGUACGAUGGGCUACCACUGGAAUGAAGACUGCGACUGCUGCCAGAGAAAUACCAUAUGUGCUCCAGGAUUUGGAGUUGAGCAUCCUGUGCAACAAGACAAGGACACAAUGUGUGUACCGUGUCCCAGAGGCUACUUCUCAAGGGUCGCUUCAUCCACCGACAAAUGUAAAUCCUGGACCAACUGUACAGCUCUAGGAAUGGCAGAAAUAGUGCCUGGGACUGACAAGUCAGAUGCAGUUUGCGCAGAACAGAAGAUGCCUGAACCAUCGGAAGAUGGAACAAACAGGAUCUUAUACGUGUUGAUUGCCAUCUUGUUUUUUGUGGCGCUAAUUGGCAUUGUCGUCUUCAUCAUAUACUACAAGAAUAAGGGAAAAAAGCUGACAGCAGAUCUACAGAAUUGGGCUAACGAAGUGUGCAGCCAAAUAAAAGGAACAAAGGAGACCCACAGAGAUGGAUUUGUUACCGUGAACAUCACAAAUGCUCCUGUUCCCCAGACCUCUGAAGGCGUGUGUCUCCUGGGCCCUGCUGGCUCUCCUGCCCCUGGAAACCCAUGCUGCACCAACGGCCACGCUCCCUGCAGGAACGGGAGCCCCGGCACAGCGCCGUGCGAGGUGGGAGGGAGCCUCCAAGAGUUUUCUGUGGCACCUGAGACUGAUGAUGACCGUUUCCCACCAGUUCCCACGGAAGAUGAAUACACGGAUAAGGAUCUCAAUACCACUGAUUAUUUAUCUUUACUGAGUCGGACUGCCAGUAAAACCGUGUCAUCAUUUUCAGAACCAAUGGAGGCAGGGGAGAACGACAGCUUAAAUCAGUACUUCUCAGGCGUUGGGAGCACAGAGGACAUAUCAGUCCCUCAAAGCUCUCACCCUUCCUCUGACACAGAUGGGGCACACAUUGCCACGGACAAACUUCUUCAGAAAUCUUGCCAACAAGCCCACAGUUGCCUGAAGGAAACAGGCAACAAAGACACAGAUCGUUUUGCAACAAACUAUGACUCAGAGAAGAUCUGUGUGAGGUGUGGCAUUUCAUACAGGGAAUCUCCCAGAAAGUGGAGCAAACCCUGUUGUGCUGUGGCUGACAGUGCCUCCACCUCCCCAGAGACUGGAACCUAUGCACAGUGCACCUAUGGCUUGAAUUGUCUCUCUGCUGGUCAGAGCACUCUCGCAAGUGAUCGUGGUAUGGAAGGUGCAUCUUCGGAUAGUACCAACGUGAGGUACCAGGGCACAAACAGGAGCACUUCAGGGAAAAACAGCAGCACUUCAGACCUCCCUCCAGCAUCUGGAAAUGUGACUGGAAACAGUAACUCCACCUUUAUCUCAAGUGGACAAGUAAUGAAUUUCAAGGGCGACAUCAUUGUUGUCUACCUUAGCCAGAACUCCCAGGAGGGGGCUACGGCGGUGGGGCCAAGCGAGGAGAACGUGGGCAGCCCCGUGCAGGAGGAGAACCUCAGCCGCUGCGAGACGUUUGCCGGCAAUGCCCAGCACUACAAGGAGAAAUGUGCCGAGCUGCAGGGCCCCGGCCCAGGGAGCGGGGGGACACGGCGGACCACCGGCCAGCUGGCCCAGGAGCUGGGGCCAUCCCGCCAUGGCCAGGCUUCGCAGCCCGUGCAGGAGGAGGGGAGGCUGGGACACUUCUCGGAGAAGGUGUUGAACUGAGGCGGGCCGGUGUUCUUGCUGUGGGCCAGGGCUGCCUACAUCCCGGGUGUCAUGACAGAUUCGGAGACUGUUGCUGCUCCUGGUGUCUCCUGGGAAGUUUUACAGCUGGAAUGGACCCUUGUGGCACAGAUGGUGGUGGUGGUCCCGCCGAGGAGGUUGCCGCUGGGUGUGCUGCCCCAUCGCAGAAGCAGUGGCAGGGCUCUGUCCCCUCCCUCACGGGGCGGCGGGCUCCCCGCCUGGUCCCAGCUCCCUGGCAGCUCUUCCCUGGCAAGCGGCAAAAGGAGGGCUGAGGAGAUCCUUCAGGCGCGCGGGGACUUGGCGAGGAGGAGGGCAGCGUUGGUGGCCAGGGGUGCAGGGCGCUCCCGGAGAGAUGACAUGGCGGAGGGCCGCACUGAAAGGGGCCCCCCAGCUCUGCCUCGGGGUGAUCUUUUUGCAACUAAGCUGCACCCAUUUUGCUGGGUCUUGGGCCUGCCUGAUGCCUCUGGUGGUGAAGGAAGCGGUGGCCACGUCUGCUGCUGAGGCUGGUGCCGCUGCUGACCUUUGCCUCCCUGUGGGGAUGAGAAAGGUGGUGUCAGCCCUUCCCAUCCUUCCCCAAACCAGCGCCAAAUAGGUGUAAUACUUCCCCAAGUCCAUGACAACAGGGAAAACAGAGCUGAUACGCCUUACAAGCAUAUCAGAUUAAUCCUGAGCAAAGAGCAUUUAUGGUUUUGGACCCUGAUUCACCUCUGCCUUAUUGCACCUCGCUGGAGGAAUUCACACCCCUGAGGAUGAGUGAUGUGUGCCCGGCAUGAAUAACGUCACUGAAGUUUAAGAUGUAGAGCUGCUAGUGGAUGGAGGAAGGGUCUACAAUAACCAGCUGUGGAUACUUACUGAGUGACAGGAGAGGGAGGGAUUACCCAAAGAUGGAGAAUUUGGUCAGGGUCAAACACAUGUUCCUUCAUCUGCCCAAACAAUUUUGUCAUUCGCUCUGAUAUUUUCAUUAGUAAGCAGAGCUUUACUUAGGUAGUAUGAAGCUAUUUCCACAGCUCAGCCUGUCUGAGCUGAAAUCAGAGCAUAGCCUCUGUCACACUGAGAGCUAAAAAGCAAUGGAACCAAAGGGUUGGAUUUAAGGAAUAAUAGUAGCUGUGGUUAGAAGGGAGUCUCAGCUACUCAGCUGGCUUUGGUCAGGUCCUGUAUCCUGCAGCCUCCUCCAGCAGCCACUGUGGAGAGAGAGGUGAAAGGACCAGAGACUCAGGGAACUCCCAAGAGGAAAAGAUAACAUUUUUAAGGAUUUCCUGACAAGGGGUAAUUUUCUGACAUUCUCCUGCACAUGUGAGUGCUGCAGGAGGCUAUCUUCAGUCUGAGCCUUCAGGAAGGUCAGUGCUGUGUUUCCAGUCAGACAGCAAAGAGAUCUCUUAUCUAGUGCGAUCUCAUCUGCCCUGACGGAAAAGGUCUCUGGUAAGGAGGCCUUCUCUCCGGGGAGAUUUUUAGAGCUGAGGGGUUCACUGCAUAGCUGCUGUGUUUGCAAUAGUACUGCUCUGUGGGUGAAGAGCACCUAUAAAGCUGACAAAGUGGCCACUGUGUCACGAUGAGCUUCUCAUCCAUAAAACAAAAGGAUAGGCUUAGCCACCAUCACCUCUCAGGAGAACAAUUCUGCAUUAUUUAUAUAUCUGGCAUAUAAAGUUCAGCACAGACAUGCAAGACUCUCUUGGGUGGCUGGCAAAAAUGGUGCAUGAACAACCAGUCUCCCUGUCACCUCUGCAUGGUCUUCAGAAAACUAGAGUGUCCUAGCCUAGACUUGGCCAGGCAGGUAGGUUGUCCCAUUCAGUGAUGGCCCAAGCUACCUCUGAUUCUUUGAAGGUGUGUAACUCUCUCUUAUCUGUGGUAUCCUUUUGUCUUUCCUGCUGCAUCCUUUAACUACCUUUCUAGCCUCUUCUGGCCUAAUUCUGUAUCCUCUAGGCAUUGGUGCAAUAGGGACAAGGAAACAGAGACACCAUCACACUCAUGCAAGGUGGUGCAUAUAUUUUCCCACUUCAUCUUUGUUUUUUGAGUCCUAUUUUCCUGGAAAGCAUUCCAUCAGCCCCACUUACAGGGCAGGAGGGACUGAAUUCUUGUGUUCGGCUCUGGGUAAACUACCUGUCUGUAGGUCUGUCCCCUCCUUCUCCCUCUGCAGCUUCUUUCUUCCCAUGGUUUGUAUCUGCCACCAGAGAGCAGGCUCAAAAUCCUGAUUUCAGAGAAGACAAUGGGAAGUUUACUACGUGUCCUCAGUGAGGACACGUUUUUCACUCGCUGAAUCACAGGAUCCUACUGAGCAAGGAUUGAAACUAGGAUCAUAAGCAAGCGUGAAGAAAUGGGUCAUAAUGAUCUCAGCGCUGUGCCCACUCCCUUAGGGGAGAUGCGAUGUGCCAACAAACAGAUCUGAUUCUUAUUCUUCCUCCGGAGUCUACACAAAAGUGAAGAAGCCAUAUCACACUCAUCAGCAUGCUGCACGUUCCCUGGGUCUCUGCCUGGCUGCUUAGACAUGGACCCCAAAGGGACUUCUUUAUCCUCGGGGUUUCACUUGUUGUCAGUUUGGAGGUGGGGCUGUUUUUUAACAUCAGUUUGUACAACGGGGCCCUAUGCAUUGGGCACUAAUUUGGAGGCUUCUGGCUGCUAUUGUAAUACACAUAAUUAAUGAUAAUAAAAAUCUUAAAGAUCUACUUGAGUGAAGAUUUCAUACAAAUUAAUGAAGAGAAUCAAAUACACUAUUAUAUGCCCAUGCUUAUUUUGACCAAAAAAAACCCAGUUAAAUGUGAGUAUAAAAACAUGUCUGCUUAGGCUUUUGUAAUACUUUUUGUAUGUAGAAUUGUUUGAACAAAAAGUGCUUCUCUUCCCCACUAUAUGCCACAAUAACGCACAAGCACAGCCAUCCACAUGUGUGGAACCAAACAGGAGCUCUUAUAGAUCUGGUGGUGUGAUGCUUUACAGCUGAGAACUGGACACUCAUUCCAACUCAUUCCUGAAGUCUCCUCCUGCACACUAUGCAUCUUUACCAUUCUUUCAGUCUGAGGAGUCACAACAUGCAUCAUCCCCAAUGAAUAUACUGGGUGCUCGUGAAACACAGCCACUUCAAGCCUGGAAGGGCCGCAGUAAUUGUGCAUAUCACCAUGGGUAAACGAGGAGCAGUGUUUUGCUCAAGGGCACUGGAGCAGCCCUUCUUAUCCCUAUGGAAAAAAAAUACGGCAUUAAAGAUCAAUGUAGACAAUAACUGCUGAUAAUCUGUGUACUUUGCUACACAUUCACACAGAUUGGAAAUCACUCUGCAAGGCUUACAGCAUACCUGGGAGUAGCAUCACUAAAAUGUCGUAAUUUCUACUUGUCCAUUCAGGUUCCCCUCCUUUUAUCAUAUUGAUGGUAUCUGAGCAACUACACUCCUGUGUCUAUUAUAAAACAAAACCCUGAUGGAGGAUGUCUUUGUGCUAAUGAGGUAUUUAAUAGAGCUAUAGCUUUGUCAGAUACCUCCACUCAAAUUAGGCAGUAGUGCCCCCUUACCACCACCCUUAAAAGCCAUGUACAACGACUGGAGAAUUCACUUUUGCCAGCACAUGAUACUGGAUGUGGUAAAAGGGCUGCG